AUUGUUGGUCAAAAGAAAAGACACCAGCAGGGAAUCAAAAAACUAACCAGAAGACUUGGAUUCGACCUAAGGAUAUGAACUUUUGCGAACUAGUCCAAGAUAAAAGUGAGGAGGAAAAUAGACUAAGAGAUAAAAAAAAUACACAACCAAUCAGAAACACCAAUGAAAGACAAGAAAUAGAAAUUAAUAACAAUCCUAUAAAUAUAAAUUCGACCUCAAUGAAUAAAGCCAAAAAAAAACUCGAUCUCUCAUUAGUUGAUACCCUAAAACUAUAUAACGUUACAGAUAAUAUUUUAUCUCUUCCAACAAAGGAAAUGCCAAGUGGAAAUGAUGAAGACAACGAAAAGUCCUCUGAAGAGAAACUUGGAAAGUUCCUCAAUAAUGAAGAACUAAGCAAAACACAAAAAAAAAAAAUUAAUAAUCUCUUAAAACAAGAAAAAGAUUUAUUUGCCUGA